CGUCCGUCCAUUUUCAUCAUCAAUUGCCAAUAGAACUCUCCCUCUCUAUAUUCGAUCCUCUGUUUCACGAUCCCGAAACGACCUCCACUCUCUCGGAUCACACCAGCUCAAGAUGGAUGCUACUAAGGAUGAUGACUUCACAUUCUCAAGGGCUGUGCCAUCAGAGAGCGAAGCAUCUCUAGAGGCAAAAGAUCUCGCAUCACGUGUGGACUCUCUCACCCUUAAAGAUUCAUUACAUCCUCAACGCAGCAACAAGCCUCUGUCUCAAGUCCCUCCCAAGGAAAAAACAGUUGGUUCUUUGUCCUUCACCGUGACAGACUCAUCCUCAUCCUCUUCAUCAAAACCCUCCAACGAAUCAUCAUCAUCCGACAUUCUCAAAUCUAGAAAGCCUAUAACUCGCACCAAAGUCCCGUUCGAAAAGGGUUACAGCCAAAUGGACUGGCUCAAACUCACAAGAACGCAUCCCGACCUCGCAGGCCUUAAGGGGGAGUCGAACAGGAGGCUUAUAUCGAUGGAUGAAGUGAAGAGGCACAACAAGACGGGAGACUCGAUGUGGACUGUGUUGAAAGGACGUGUGUACAACAUAACGCCUUAUAUGAAUUUUCAUCCGGGAGGUGUUGAUAUGUUGAUGAAAGCUGUUGGGAGAGAUGGGACGUUGUUGUUCAACAAGUACCAUGCUUGGGUGAGUUAUGAUAUCUUGCUUGAGAAAUGCCUUGUUGGAGUUUUGGAUGAUGCCAAAGUGAAGAAGCAAGAAGGGUGAUGGAUUAUAUCAUAUAUACUCGGUGUUAUAGAAUUAUUCUCAAGUUAAAUAAGAAUAAGACAUUUUUUUUGA